CUUUGGGGUUUUAGCUCAGCUGCUAACUGAACGCGUAGCCAAGCAGACAUCGAGUACGAGUCCAAAGUGGAAAUGUGUGCGAAAAGGACAGCAACAAUUAAGUUGGACGAAAAACUUUGUGGAGUAAAAGACGAGCCGCCAAGUCAAGAACUAGAUGUCGUUUUCAAAAAGUGUCUAAGCGGAGAUAUCAGUCAAGCCCAUCAUCCUGAGCAGGAGCUCUCUCACAUCAAAGAGGAGAAUGAGGAUGAGGAGAAAGAGUUUUUACCCAUUCAAGAAGAAAAUGGGGAGCAUUUCAUUAAGGUUCACCACCAUCUUGACAUUGACGCGCAGCCGCAACACCCCUGCAUCAAAAGAGAAGAGGAAGAUCAAAGUGAGGAGAACAGAAGGGCAGAACCUCCGAAAAGUAGCAGUAGCAUCAGCUCAACAGAAGGUGACGGAGACCACUGUGGAGGAUCAACAGCAGAAGGCCUCAUAGCUCCACUAUCAGAUCAUAACUCUCACUCUACUGACUAUGAUGAUGAUGAUUUAGAGUCUGAAGGUCAUAAAGGUGAAAGUGAUAACAAACGCUGGGAAUGCGCUCAGUGUGAGAAAACCUAUUGUAACAAGUCUGUAUUGAAAAUGCAUAUGAAAUCACACACUGGAGAAAAACCUUUUGCCUGCUCAGUUUGCAGUAAAAGAUUCUUUAGAAAGCUUGACUUAGACAAACACACAAGAAUACACACUGGGGAGAAGCCUUUUGUCUGCUCAGUUUGUGGUCAGAGAUUCACUGAAAAAGGACACUUAAUCAGUCACACCAGGACACACACUGGGGAGAAACCUUACUCCUGCUCAAUUUGUGGUCAAAGAUUUGCUCAUAAGGGAGGUGUGAAAACACACACUAGAACACACACUGGGGAAAAACCCUUUUCAUGCUCAAUUUGCGGCAAAGCAUUCAAACAAAAUAGCAACUUAAAGGCUCACACAAGAACACACACUGGCGAAAAACCUUUCCCCUGCUCAGUUUGUGGUCAAAGAUUUGCUCAAAAAGGAGAUUUAAAAAAACACACAAGAACACACACUGGUGAUAAACCUUUUUCCUGCUCAAUUUGUGGCCAAAGAUUCACUGAGAAGGGAAAAAUAAAACGACACUUAAGGACACACACUGGUGAAAAACCUUUCUCUUGCUCAUUUUGUGAUCAAAAAUUCACUCACAAGACCAACUUGAUAAGACACACAAUGACACACACUGGUGAGAAACCUUUCUCCUGCUCGGUUUGUGGUCAAACUUUCACUCGGAAGUAUCGGUUUAAGAAACAUAAGUGUGUCUGUGCGAAAAGCAUUGACCAAUGAAGGUUUGAUGGUAAUCUAAGUUGACGUCAUCAGUUUGUGCCUCCUGGGGAAAAGAGUUGAGGAUUAGCACUUCUGAUAAAAUACUUAAUGCAAUACAUGUGCUAUGUUCAUGGUUUUUCUUUUUGUAGGGCAGGAUAGCAUAACAUUAAAAGGGCUUUAUGUCUCUCCAUGGGUAGAAACAAUAAAGUAGCAAUCCUCUGUUGUCUUUUCAAAAAAAUAUAUAGGUAAGCAAUAUGCUAAUAAACAGUCCCACUAUUAGUGGUAAAGAUGCAUGUAGUAAUAUUUGCAUGAACAUGUGGGUUUUAAGUUGAAAAUAUUAAACAUUGACUUGUGUGAUUUAUCAUUUGGAUCAAAUAGUCAAAGACAUUAUCACACAAAAGAUUUGGUUGAUGUCCAGGUUUUUUGCUACAGUUUUUAAAAGCAUCAUAAACACAGUGUAGAUAUCCUGCUCGAUUAUGGGUAGCACUUAUUUUUGUAACGGUAUAUUGAAUGGUCAAGCAAUGAUCAACACUGUCCUCUUUGGGAUAUGCUGUUUUGUGAAAAAUAACGGUUUUCAUUAGUGUUUGACCGACAACUUUUUUUUUGUUCCCGAUUCUGAAUACGGUACUGUCAAGUAAUUGCAACAGUAUAAUGGCUUGGUCAGACUUUGCUUAACUCAUUGGCUGCCAGUAAUGACACUAGAACUCCAAUUCAUUUUAAUGUUUAUUCGCUGCCAACAUCCUACUUCAAAUGGAUGGGAUGUUUACUCGUGAUAAACUCAUUUGUUGGAACAUUUCUAUUUACCUUAUUGGCUGUCAUUGACAGCGAUAUAUGUCCAUUUGAAGUAGGAGGGACAAAAUUGUCAAAAACAUCAAAAUGGCUUCACAUUCUUCAUUUCUUUAUCUGAAAAGUAACAGAUUGUGUUGGAUGCAUAGUACUAAAUUUUGUAUUUGUCAUUGAAAACAGUUGAAUUGAAUCAUGGCCGACUUUGUAAUGUCGGUAAAUUUCACAUUGUUCAUAGAAUCGCGAUAUACACAUAUUAUUAUAUAUAUUUUAGUCACAGAGAUUUUUUUUUUACUUUAAGCCAUGCAUGCAUAUUGGAACCAUAUUUGCCUUGGUGUACUCUGCUAUCUGGAUAAAUAAAGGUUGAAGCCGUGUAAAACUUGUUUGUUAAAGUUUUCCCACAGAACUGUACUGCUUGAAAGAAGGGCAAUAAAGUAGAAGAUUCUUCUACUUUUUACUCUGAUCAUGGAGGAAUGUUUUUUUCACAAAAUAUAAAGGGGAAAUAUGUAUUUUUUUAGAGAGGAUAAAUCUGCUUCCACAUUCAUGGGCAAAAGUAUUAGCUGAAGGAUGAGUUGUUUGGAGGGGGAUCUGUUAUUUAAAUAGUAAUAAGUUUAAAAAUAAACUCAAAAUAAGCCACGAAUAACACUAAUUUGCAAAAAUAAAAACUUUGUAAAAAAUUCUAAAAAAUUGUAAUAUAUAUUUUUUUUUAAUACGUGUAGCCUGUGUGUAUUUUUCUCAGAAUUUUCUUUUUUGUUUGAAGUCUCAUGAAUAACUGAUCUCUUUGGCUUCCAUUGACUGCAAUAGACGUCCAAUCCAUUUUAACUGAGAAAAAAAAAACAGUAUUAAAUGAAAAAUAAAAAAAAACGAAAGUUGGGGGGAAAAAAAAGCCAUCAGUUAUAAAAGAAAAAUCUAUAUGAUACAAAUUGAAAAUUUUAAAAAUAACUCAAAACAAUUUGUAAUAUUUGAAAAGAAGAAUUGAGACAUUGAUAACACAUAAAGUGUGCCCUGGGUGUAUUUUGUUCUGGGAAAUGUAUUCUGUUAGUUUAGUUUUAGCCCGUGUGCUACCUCAUGUGAAAGACCAACGUGUAACGAACAUUAAAACUCACAAUGCAAACGGGGCAGAAUAAGGCCUUUUCGCCAGCAUGAGUCCUGGCGUGCGUUCUCAUCGUCACUUUCUGCGAGAACUUUGUCCCACAGAUCGAGCACGAAAACGGUUUCUCGCCCGAAUGUGGAACAAUCGCUUUAGCGUUUAUGGCAUACGAAGCAAGAACGCUUGUGCGUUAUCUUUGAUGUCUCUGGGAGAAUCUCUGACAGCAAAUGGAGUGCACCAAGGGUUUUUCUCCUGUGUUGGACCAUUGUGUGUCUCCUCAGGUUGUAUUUUUUGCUAAAUGUGUUGUUACAUUGAGGACAAGUCAAGCGGGUUUUGGCAGCGUUAUUAAACGUCACGACACCUUGGGAGCGUUUGUAGUCAUCGGUGUCAGGCGAGCAUGACUGACUUUUCGUCUACUUCACUCUUCACAAUGACGCUUUUAAAGGGCAGCUGGAUGACGUCAGCCUCCUCAUGAUUGAUGCUGCGUUUAUUUUCUUUUUCAACACAAAGGUGCUUUGCCUCCUCCUGCUCUUCUUCAUUGACGUCUGAAGGAAACACGAAGACAACACAUCGAAAAGUCAGGACUUGCUCGGUCGAAACCCAAUUUUGAA